CGGACGCUGUGCCGAUUACGGCUCCAAGAACCGCUCGAUACGGAGUCGUUUGUCUCUCUUCCUCUGAGGCGACGCCUGAACGGAUACAUCCACUUUGGAAAUGGAGAAUGUUCAAGAAAAACAUGAAAGUCCUGCAUAUAAUGAAACUGAAAUCCGUCUUUAUGAAACUGACUACAGUAAUGAUGAAACUGAAAUCAGUCAGUAUGAAACUGAUAUCAGUGAAGAGCCAGAGAAUGUUCCAGAAGAACAUGAAAGUCCUGCCUAUGAAGAAACUGAAAUCAGUCAUGAUGAAACUGAAAUCAGUGAAGAGCCAGAGAAGGUUCCAGAAAAACAGGGAAGUUCUGUCAAUGAUGAAGCUGAAAUCAGUCAAGAGCCAGAGGAGGAUGAACCACCUUUUCGUGAGAUCGAGUUCAUGACUGUUAAAGAAGGACCUCCGGUGCACGGUAAACCACAUGCAACGCCUAACCGUGAAAUUCAGAUCAUGUAUCUUAAGGAAUAUCCGGCGGAGGAUGACCCAAAUACAGUACCUUACCGUGAGAUUGAGUUCAUAAGUAUUAAAGAAGGAUCUCGGAACGGCUUCCCAUUCAAAAAACGAAACCGUUUAGUAGAACUGCUAACUGUCACCGAUUUUUGCUGUGGGUGCACCCUCAGGACUGGCUCCAUCAUCACCGCUGUCUUGUUUCUGGUUUGGAGCCUUGCGCUGAUAGCGUCUGCAUCAUAUGCUUUGUUCAUGCUGGGCAACACUUAUUCCGUAUAUACGACUUGUGCAGCAAUUGACAAAAUAGUAAUUGCAUACCUCACAUAUUACGUUAUCGAGGUUAUCUGUGACAUAAUUCUCAUCAUUGGAGCCGUAAAGGGCAAGACUGUCUUGUUUUUACCAUGGAUGAUUAUUCAAGUCCUGGUGGAUGUAUUAUUGGCUGUAGUAGGCGUUAUUGCAUGGGCUGCUGAUUUUUGGUAUGAACUUCCUUUUGAUGGCCUUACUGUAUCUUUUUCCGCUGGCAUCUACUUGUUUUCAGAUAUGUACUUCCUGCGAGUUGUCUACAGCUACUACAGAACACUACAGAAAUCAGAUGCUGUCAGGGUAAUGGUAUAUGGCAGAAAUUUUUGGUGAGGUGAUUAGAGGUGGCAGUUGAAUCACCAUUACUCCAGUAAAACGCAUAGCUUACGAAAUUGCUUUGGAUGUAUCUGAAUGUUGAAGGAAGAAAAGUUAUCAUUAUCAUUAUUAGUUUUGACAAUGAAUGUAGGAUCCAGAUAUAACAUUUAUCAUGAAUAGUGUCAACAUUUUAUACCCUUGACUAAACUAAGUGUUUCCAUUUUCAUAAACCGAAUUUCAUAAAUAAUUCCAAAGAUCAUUGAAAUGUGCAAGAAUUCAUUUUGCAAUGUUUUCCAUGGAACUUUUGUUUUAUAACCCUAAAUGUUGCAUAUAGCAAAGCGUAAGUCAUUAUUUGGUGUUCAAUGUUGACAGGCAAAGUACACCUUUAACUUUCAUUAUGUACAUUUCUGCCACUGUAUUUAAAUUUUUGUAAGUAAAUGAUGAUUUUGAUCCUGUGUUACUUGUAACUUGUAGGACAGAAAUUAGACUUUUUGACUAUUUGAUGUUGCAAACUGAAGAUUAAUG